GUCCACAGCUCCAUGCCGAUAGCUACGAGAAGGGAGCAGACCGAGUGAGGAGCCGUCAAGGGACACAGGAUGGUGAGGUGUUGGAAACAUUCAGAAAACCGUUUGGAGGAAGCACAGUGCACGGAUGGGGACCCUGCAGCAUCCCCCCAGUCCCACUUCCCACACAAGGCAUUCUGGGUCAGCCUCUCAGCCUCUCUGCUCCUGGUCGUCAUUGUCCUUGGUCUGACGGGGCACUUCGGGCUGUCGCACUCACACUCUCAGUCUUUACAGGUUGUGAGAAUCACGGCUCCAGACCAGACUGGGGUACUGAUCAAUCAGUCCGCCGUUGUGGACCAGCAGAAUGACCUGGUGACCUUUACCGUGACCUCACCGGCAAAUCAGACGUCCACUGUGCUGUUUGAUAUCAAACAUGGUUUGAUAUGUUACAAACCAGUCAACCAGGACGGCUGCUUCCUGCGAAAGAUGGAGCAGUCCGACUAUGACAGUGUGCACUCCCUCCUUCGCGAGUCAACACACAAGAGUCAGUUCCAGCUGUUUGGGAAUGAGACCCAGAGGCAGACAGAGUUCCUCGGGGUGCUGUCAGCCAGUCAGGUGGACGUGUCCAUGCUUGAUGAGCCUCUGCAGGCUCUGUGUCAGGACAGGCCCGUCCAUUGGACCAGGAGGGCCGAAGGCCCAGGUAAACAGAGGCUGGUCUACUUCUGCAUCGACAUCUGCUUUCCCAGCAACAUCUGCGUGUCUGUCUGUUUCUACUACCUGCCAGAGUGACUGUGUAUAUUCAGUUCUUCUCCUCCCAGCAAAAGAUCAGGGAAACAAAAGUUGUCUUUUUAGCUCUCCCUCUACCAAAAAAAAAAAAAGAAGAAACAGAACAAAAGCCAGCUUUGACUGUUUCCUUCGUGCCAUACAGCCGCCAGUAAACCAGUGAAACAGCCAACUCUUCCAGUCUGUUUCCAUCCUUCCGAGAGAGAGGAGAUGGAGACAGGCUGUCACGGUUAUCACCAAAACCUCAUUGUCGCUCCCUUCAUGUGUAAUACCCUCUCUGGUGGCACACUUCAGAGAUUACAGAAGAAAGAUUCCCCCCUUUUUUUUGUACAUGCCUAUAAUUGUAUUCCCUGUAACCUACUACAGCAGUGUAAUUAUAUGUAACCACUCCUGUUGCAAUGUGAGUGUUUUGAUCUGCCUAAUAAAAGACUGUUGGGUA